GAAAAAAAAAAAAAAAAAAAGAGAGAGGAAAGGAGAUGCGAGUAAGGGACUUUUAGAAAUACCGAGACAAAAAGAGAGAGAUGUGCCUGGCACGUUCCAGUGAAAAUGAGUCCGAUGCUCGCGUUCGAGUACCUCUUCUUCGCCGUGUUUGGCCAAACGACGCACAGCGAGCUCAGGGUCGAGACCAACCAGCCCGAGUGGACCGCGGCCCUAUUCAAGCUUGCCUUCGGCGUCUACAUGCUCGUCGCCGUCAUCGUCCUCAUCAACCUCCUCAUCGCCAUGAUGAGCGACACGUACCAGAGGAUACAGGCCCAAUCGGACAUCGAGUGGAAGUACGGCUUGAGCAAACUCAUACGCAACAUGCACAGAACAACGACGGCCCCGUCGCCGCUGAACCUCUUCACGACGUGGAUCGUGUACUUCAUAAAGCAGUGCCAGCAGAAGACGGUGACAAAGAAGCGCAAGCGGCCCUCCCUGGUGCACAUGAUGGGGCUGCAGCGUCACGUGGCCGCGAGUCGCAUGUCGCCGCGCUCGAAAAUGGGGGCCAAGUGGCUGUCGAAGGUGAAGAAGGGCCAGGUCCGGCCGAACAAGGCCGACAGCGUCGCCCUGUCGGUCGUGCACCUCAGCCCGCUGGGUAGCCAGCUCUCCUUCAACAGCGCCACCAAAAUCGAGAACGUCGUCGAUUGGGACGCCAUACGGAAAAAGUACCUCGCCCUCACCGGGGGCGGCGAACCCGACAAGGAGCCCGACAAGGACGACAAGGACCCCAACGACGACCAGGACCAGCUACAACAGCAGACCCCCAACAACGACGACAACCACAAUUAGACACCUUACAUCGCUACAACAUUAUUUUUUACGCAGACCGGAUGACCAAUGUAUACGUGUACACAAUCAUACCCAUACACGGCAGAUUCGCGCAUACGUGUACAACCACACACUUUCAUCGGACAAUUAUAUAUAUUUAUAACAUACCAUAAUUAGAGCUGCUCGUACAUAGAAAAUACAUAAGAGCAUACCGAUCGUCGUCGAUGGCUUGCAGGAUGCGAGGGUCCUGCCUCCCCCUCUGUGAGUGAGUCGCGCUCCGUGUAUAGUUCUUUCUUCCUCUACCAGCGAACAGUUAAUUUUUUUUGCGUUAGACAGUAAGUAAAACUAAUACGUAACCUACUAUAUACAUUACUUUUUUAUUAUAAUAUAUAUUCAUAUAUCACACGCCAA